AUGACGGAGUGUUAAAAUAUUAUAAUAUUAUGACUUUAUUCUCGUACACUUGUGAUUUAAUUCUGAAAUUAUUCUUGAGAUGUUGUCUUGACGUCGCCGUUAUUGGAGUCUUAUUGACAUUAUUUGUGAAAAUGUUCAGAUUUGGGAAACAGUGCAGGUUAUGUGGGACUGUUACCAUGGAAACAGUCAGUUUUACUCGGCUCAAUCACUGCCCUGAUCACGUGACUUCUCGUCCCACUGCAGCUUUCAGCUCUCAGCCUGCAGCCUUCCCCGGCUCACCAUACCAGACCUUCCCUCAGACCUACACAGGCGGAGGAGACCACUCCUACUACCAGGGACCAUCGGAGCCACCGGGACCCCCAGGGCCCUACCUGGCUCAGCCCGGUUACCAGGGGUACCAGAGCGGGUCCCCCGGGACCUCCCAUCCCUGGGACGGCCCGAAGACGUACGGAGAGCCGCCACGACACACAGUGUUUGUGGUCGAGCAGCAGCGUGGCGUCGACGACAGCGGCGCUGAAAAAUCGUGUCUGGCGGCGUGUUUGGCUGCUCUGUGCUGCUGCUGCCUCUUGGACAUGUUGACUGGCCACCACUGAGUCUCUGCUUUCCCAUCAUGCAGCUGGGAAAUGUUUCAUCAUCCUGAUUUCCCCCCGAGAGUCUUUAAAGGUUCAGCUCUCCGAUUGGACCGUGUGCAGAACUGUAACCAUGGUCACAGACAGUCCCUCCAUCUAACAGGUUCAUAUGUUUCAUGUGUUUUUAUGUUUCUUCACUGUUGACGAGGUCAAUAAAGAGCUUCAUUUGCAUGAUGAAGAGUUGGAACAUCACCUUCAUCUUCAGAUGAAGCGCGAUUUGUUUUGUGGCAAUAAGAGAAAUAAAAAUAUAAAGUAAGA